AGCGGCAUCAUGUCAAUGCCCACAGUUGGGACUCUUAUUUUGAAAGGAAGUUGAUGUGGACUUUCGCGUUGACUGUACGCAACUCGCAUUAGAUAUUUUACUAUUUGUAGAUGUAUACCUAGCUAGUUAUUGACAGAGAAGAGCACAUGUUCGGGUGUUCGUUCCAUAGCUCGUGGUGUAUUAUAACAUGUGGACACUGAACCCUUUAGAAUCCGGAGGUGUCACCCACUACCUCCUGCCAGAGAAGGAGUAUGUGGUGGGGCGUAAGAACUGUGAGGUCAUCCUGCCCAAUGACCAGUCCAUCAGCCGGGCUCAUGCUCACCUCACUGCUACAGAUCAGGCCCUGACCCUGAAGGACAGUUCUAAGUAUGGCACGUUUGUUAACGAGGAGCGUCUGUCAGGGGACACCCCUCGCAGCCUGGUGGCAGGGGACAGAGUGACAUUUGGUGUCUUUCACAGCAAAUUCAGUGUGCAGCAGGUAACUGUGGUAGUGUGCUCGUCCUGUGUUGAUAAUGAAGGGAAGGUCUCUCUGUCUCAGACCCUGCAGCUUCUGGGUGGCCGGCUGACCAACACCUGGACACAGGACUGCACUCACCUGGUCAUGCCCACUGUUAAAGUCACCAUUAAGACUAUCUGUGCGUUGCUGUGCUGUCGGCCCAUAGUCAAGCAGGAGUUUUUCACUGAGCUCACCAAAGCCCUGCAACAGAAACAACCACCUCCAAAAGCUGAAAGUUUCUUUCCAGAGAUAGACGAGCCCAGUCUGAAUAAGGAUGAGGUGGACCUGACAGAGAGGCCAGAACGUAAAGAACUUUUCACUAGCAAGACCUUCCUCUUCCUCAAUGCCAAACAG